AUGACUGUUCCUGAGGCUAGCAAAGCUGUCAAAUUGCAGGCGCCAAUUGUGCCAUGGCAUCCUUGUCGUCGUGGUCAAAUGCUUCGCGCGCGUGCGCUCAUCUCCCGUGGGCCUCAAUCUCCAGAAAUAGGCCGUGCCAGCAGGGCCAGGCACUUCACCGGUUCCGCCACCAACCCUCCUGGCUGUCUCCAGCACGACCAAGCUGCAAUUUCCCAGGGCGCCGCCAUUGGCUCCAGGCCCUCAGGUGAGAUGCCCUUCAGGCCUAGCGGGCCAGAUUCAGGUACCAGGUCAGAGUAG